GUAAUUAAUUUUGGCUGUGAUAUCAGGUUGUUUUUCACAUCAGAUUGCUUCAAAGUCUUGUGUGGGCGUGGGCCAAAGAGAGCGUGGGGUGAUGUUGAAGCCUCGGCUUGAGCACUUUAAAUUAACUCCGACUCUUUGAUGCGGCAGUCCUAAGGAUCAAAUCCCUGUUAGAAUAACACACGAUGUCAAUGCGAAGCUCCGUGGCGGUGCUGCACAGACGAGCCUUUUCCAGCACGGCACUUUCUCUUUAGCGCUGAUUCACACUGAACCUUGAACCUGCCACACCAGCAUAUCAGGUAGUGCCGCAUUUUUCAGGGUGUGUGCUGCAGUUUGUCGGAAACGCAGCCGGCAGGUGUCGGAUAGCCAGAGGAAGCUUCGUUUGCCGAUCAGAGAAACAAUGAACCGAAAGUUUAAAUAUUUGUUUUCAUGUCCCACUUUGCUCUAACCCCCUUUCACCAUGACUCGGUUUCACACCAGCGAUUCUGGAUUUGCCUUCACUGCUUGUUUCCUGUUGACAAUGUCUGUGCUACGAGGCGUCUCAACCCACGGGGAAGACGCCACGACUGACAGUUUCAUCGGGUUCGACUCGGUCCCUGACAAAGUGGCGGAUGGCUCAGUGGUGCGUGUGCGGUAUCGCUGCUCCGGGCCAUGUCAGCUCGCGGUGGAAGUCGUGCUGUCGACAUUAAGGAAGACGGAUCUGGUGAUCUUCAGGAGAAAAUGGAUCAGCAGCGCACCUCAAACGCUCCGGGUCCAACGGGUGUUGCUCAGACUGCCUCCGUCCACAUCUCGUUCCCACGAGAGCGCGGCAGACACCCAGAACGUGACGCUUCAAGCUCGGUUGGAUGAUCUGAAAGAAGGCAGCGACAUCGGCUCCGUGGUGGGAAGUCAUAAGGUGCAGCGGGUCGUGCCGUGGCCGGGGACGGCCCCCGUUGGAUGUGCGUCACGGCCCGCUCAGCUCGCCUGGCUGACAUCCAACGACACGAUCCAUCAGUGUCCACAUGAGACAGAUGAGAUCGAUCUGCUGACGUUCCUGGCCAGCACCGGGGAGCGCUUCGGGGUGGUCCGCCGGUUCCGGCCUUUCAUCAGCGGCGCGCUGGAGAGAGUCCGUCUCCGUGCGGUAACUGAGCCCAGCACCGCUUUCUCCGUGUGGAUCUACCUGCUAAAACCGUGUCAGAAGAAGCGCUGCGGGAUCCUCCAUCACGUGGAUGAGGAACAGCUCUUUGACUCGGUGCUGAUGCAGCUCUCAGAAACAGGAGACAUCAUAAUUCAGGCCCGCCUGACAACCGGGGAAGAUGAAGCAUUUCGAACCCACUUAAUGUUGCCCCUGUGGAAAUGGAUUAGAUUGGACUGUUACAUACUGGACUCCAAGGUGCUGCUGAACGUAUCGUGGGACGAUGAGAGCCACAGAUUUGAAUACGUAUUUAGGAGCAGUAUCCACUUCGACGACACAGACGGAUACUUUGUGAUCGGAGGAAGCAGAUACAUGACUGGCUUCACUGGCUACUUUGGGCCUUACAAGUAUUAUCGUCUCGGCACCGGCGAGAUAAGAAAUCAACUUCACUCCAUGUCGACAGCACAGGAGCUGGACAGGGCUCAGGUGGCGUGUCAGGAAAUGAGAACGUUGGCAAAAGCUUUUCUGCACCAAGUAGCCGAGAGUCACCUUCUGUCCCCGACUAACGAAGCUGUCUGCUUUAACGACCUUCUGGGACGCUGGGGUCAGUUUGACAACAGAGAGGCAACGUGCAUGCAGACGUGGAGCGUGGAAACGCAGCAGAGACACGCCACGCUGUUCCGUUUCCUGCAAGGAGUGGAGGAGAUUAUCCAGAGAGAACGUUUGGGUAUGAAGCGCCUCGGAAGCGUUUUGUUCGAGCUAACGAUUGGCGCCGACUUCCUUGUGGAAGGGAAGCAGAUAAAGAUCCCGUCCGAAUCGAUGGAUCUGCUGCAGGCGUCCUCCUGCUUUGGGAAUCACAGAGCGUCUUUGUUGCUGGCCACCAUCUACCUGUCUGGCCUGGGUCGCCCUGCCGAUCAAGAAAAGGGUCACGCCUACAGUUUGAUUGGUGCCGCGGGUGACGACCGCUUCGCCCUGAUGCAGGCGGGGUUCAAGCACGUCCACGGACUCGAUGGUUUUCCUCAAGAUUUGGACGUGGCUUACGGCUACUACUCCAACGUCGGCUCACAGAGCAGCACCGACAGGUUGCGAAUACAUGAACAUGAGCAAUACACACCUCACUUUAUCUAUUUAGGCAACGAAGACGAUCUGAACUCCCUGACGGACGAGUCCAGUGACGUCUUUCGGUAUCUACAGUACCAAGCGGAAAGGGGAGACCUGGAGUCUCAGAGACGUCUGGGAACAAUGCUUUACUGGGGACAAAACGGAGUCUCCAAAGACAUCGCCAGCGCCGUGAAGUGGUUUGAGAGGAGCGCCAUGCAAAUGAAGGAUCCUGAGGCGGUCUACGACUACUCCAUCCUGCUAAUGAAGGGCCAGGGAGUGAAGAGAAACUACACUCAAGGUUUUCAGCUGCUGAAGAAAGCGGCUGCGAUGGGCUCAAUUAAUGCCCUGAACGGCUUAGGCUGGUACCAUGGGAUUGUGCUGAAGGACCACAGAAAUGCGGCAAAAUACUUUGAACAAGCCGCCCUGAAUGGGAGUGAUGAUGGGAUGUUCAACCUGGGAAUUUAUCAUCUCACCGGGGAAAACCCGGACAAGCCGUGGAGGAAUGAGAGCGCCGCGUUCGAGCUGUUCCUGAACGCCUCCCGCUUCGGCCACGCAUUCGCAUCGGUGGAGGCGGCGUGGUACCUUUCGACAGGAAGCCUGUGGGGGGUUUCUCAGGACGUGGAGAGGGCCGUGACAUUACUGCAAAAUGUCUGCAAACACAACGGCCACCUGGGAUUCAUGAUGAGGGAAGCUCUUCAGGCCCACCUCCAGGGAGCCUGGGAGGAAGCGCUUGUGAAGUACAUCCUGGCCGCCGAAACCGGCCUGGGUUUAGCCCAGAGUAACGCCGCUCACCUGUGUGAGGAGCUGGGCGUCGGUUAUGACUGUCAGUGGAGAUAUCGCAACCACUCCAUAUUAAACUCUGAUCCUCAUCCAUCCACCCUGCUGGAAAUAGGAGACUACUACUACUAUUCCUCCGCCGGCGCUCAGAGGAACUCAUUAUCCUUGGCUGAGCAGGCUGUAUCGAUGUAUAGCAGAGCAGCUCUGGCGGGCAGCCCUCAGGGAAUGUUCAAUUUAGCCUUUUUGGCCCAAAAGGGGCACGUCCUUCCACGGAGCGUCCUCGACUUCUUCAACGCGUCACGCGGGGACGGAGUGGAGGCUGUGAUGGAGAAGAUUUUAAACAGAUGUGCGGCGAUUGAGGACGAUGAGGCCGUCACGCCCUGUUCUGUAGCUCUGCUCGGACUCCAGAUGGGAAGAGCCUGGAGGAGCGUGACUCAGAGCCGAGCGCAGCUCCUUUUGGCGUACGCCGCCAUCGUCUCCAUAUUUGUCUUCAUAGUCGUCGUGCCACUGCAGAGCUGCCUGGAGCGGAGCGGCAGGCUGUCUGUCAGCCAAGCGGACCCGGACCGGGCAGGCGACCCGGGGACAGCGGCGGGGAAUUCAUGGCCGACCGUGAACCAGCGUCGGCGGCUGAGCUCGGCCGCCGACCUGGCCGUGACUCUGUCGGGCGCGUGCCUCGCCGCUUUCUGGUGCGCGCUGCUUUAUCAUCUCCUCCGACAGACCAAUCAGACUCAAUAACCUCAGCAAAGGAGAAAAAAAAAAUAAAUUAAUUAAUUUUUAAAAAAUUAAAUAAAAAUCAUUUUUCGGAAAACUA